GUGACGAUUCAUAAGACUCCGAACGAGGGCGCUCCUCUGCUGGGUGCGGGCCUGAAUGACAAGGAAAACAUGACGUUUGUGGGGCUGUCGUACACCACGGAGAAACAGUGGGUAACAGUCUUCGACGGCGCCACGAGAAUAAUGCGCAACAGCACUUGGGAGCCGGGGAAGGAGUACAAAGUGGCGCUCAUGCUGCAGUACAACAAGGGCUCCGUGUACGUGGACGGCGUGCUCGUGGGGAAUACUAACAAACUACCAACCCUUAAGUCACGGAGGCAUGAUAUCUCUCAUUUUCACUUUGGUGGCGGCGAAGACACCAGUGUGACAGUAAAUAACGUCUUUUUGUACAGCCGUCAGCUAAGUGAAGAUGAACUCAAAGCAGGUGACAGCUCACAUGUAUCCGAGCAACGUGCAGGUGACGGCGCACAUGCAUCCGAGCAACGUGCAGGCGACAGCUCCACGCGUGCGGACGUGUCUCGGCUGCUUCUGCUGCUAUUGGGGCUGUGGGGCUUUGCGGUCCUUUGCUGA